AGGCCCAAUUUCUACUUCCGCCACUCCUUCCUACCGGAAUCCGGAAUCCCUUUCCCUCCUUAGUAUUUCCGCCAUAGCCGCUCAGCUGAGCUUGAACACAAAGCAAGCGACACUCGCAGUUGGGAGAAGAAGAAAUAGCAGGAAGAAGAGGAAGAAAUGGGGAGCAGGUUGGGUAGAAGAGUGAUUCACUUUGCAAACCUUCCGAUCAAGCUUCUAAUGCCCAAGACCUACGAGAACAUCAACGAGAUCGCACUCAAAACCGUCCCUUCCGCUUCCAAAAUCGAAAUCAAGCGUGUCUUGGAGUCGCUCUACGGCUUCGACGUCGACAAGGUCCGCACGCUCAACAUGGAGGGAAAGAAGAAGAAGCGCGGCGGGAUUCUGUUCGCCAAGCCUGACUACAAGAAGGCCUACGUCACCCUCAAAACACCGCUCUCCAUAUCUCCCGAUUUGUUCCCGCUGAAGGUUGUCGAGCAGGAGAAGGAGAGGAUGAAUAAGCAGCAGAGGUCUGGGGAAGUCGUGGAGGAUGGUGGUGGGAAGAAGCAUUGGCUCGACGGGAGGAGAGAGGAGAAGGAUCGGGAUGUGAGCGGCCGCGGUGGCGGUGGAGGGUACAAGGGGCGUCGUGGUGAUGCCACGGCGGAGAAGCUCAAGUUCCCUUGGAGCAGCAUGAGGACUUCUCUUCAGUUAGCGCAGCAGCGAUGCCAUUGGACGGAACCACUAUGCUCUGCUGUCGCUGCUGCUGCUGCUGCUGCUGAGGACCAUCAUCCUCGGAAUUGCUGCCUGAGGCCGAGGAGGAAGAGGAGCUUUGGCUUCGAACGAGUGGCAGGGAGGUGAGUUUGGCGCUGUUCAUCGUUGUGAUGGUGAAGAAGGCUUGUUGAUGAGGGUAUAGCUGCUGAACCCACCACCCUCCUCUAGCAGCAGUGUAGUCAUCCAUACUAUAACAAUGUUGUAUUUAUAUAAUGCAGGUGGAUGGAUGAAGGAUGGCUGAUCCUUGGUUUCCUGAAUCACAACUGUGGGGAAAGAAGAAUGAAUGAUCGAUCCCUCAUAAAUGUGAAAUGCAAACCAGUGGCUGCAAUUGAAGUGUUGGGCCAAGUGAGUCGUUGAGUCUUCUUUUCAACUCUUCCUGUCCCUGUACUUGCACAGUAGCAGGGGCAGAGAGAGAGUGGGAGAGGGAGAAUUAUUUGAAGGUGAAAGGGUUUGAUAGGGAUAACCCAUUAGUGCAAUCAGGUUGGGGCUUAGGUAGAGGGAAUGUUUGUGAUUUGUCAAUUCACAGUUGCCACGUUUCCAAGCUUUUAGCCAAUGGUUUUUAUUCAGUAGAGGGCUGCAAUCCCCCAUCCAUAAUCGUAAUCCAGAACACAGAAACACAGGUGGGGACUUGGCGAACUGUGGCCUAGGCUGCUAUGGUCUCUCAUAUUCCACUUUGAAGCUCCAAGGUUGGCACAGCUGGAAAAGAAUUAGUCUGCUCUGGAAGUCAUUAAUGUCGCUGAUAAGCCAAUGAUAGCAUAGCAGCUAUGUUGUGUUUUGUGUAUCGAUAACAUUGUGUAUCAAUUCAGUAAUCUCAUCUAGGACUACAACUAAACGUAGCAGCUAUAUUCGUUGAACACUCAGAUGGCUCGCAAGCUC